UUGGCGCAGAGUUGAGUUUACUGGGGCGCGACGGGUUUCGUUAAAGGGCCCCAGGAGCCGGUGGGAGCUGUAGGGGUAACCAGGAAGGGCUCUAGACGCUGUGGGCGCCGCGGUGUUCGGGAGUCCCCCUACCAGGGAGCGUGCCCCCCUUUGCCGGGCUCCUGGUGCUCUCCGGCCGCCGGCCCGCUCCCGGAAGCCGUGGCAGCUGAUAACAAAGAGCCUGCCAGGCCGCCGCUGCCCGGGCUGCGGAACCCAGGAGCCAGCGCAACUGCUGGGGUUGAGCGCAAGUCGGGCCAUGAGUCCAGGUUCGCGGCGGUGAGGGGCGGCAGCCGGCGGCUGAGGCUCUGGUGUGGGCCGAGAGGCUAGUGCCUCCUUCCUCGCCGCCCGCGGGAGCCGGGGUGCAGGUGCCUCUCCUCUCCCACACGGGAGAGCGGCUUCACGACCUUUCCCCGGCGGCGCCUGGCCUUCAGCUGCAGGAGAUCGAAGCUCAGCCCCGGCUGCCAAACCCUGGAUUUCUCUGCAGGACUCAGAGAGCACCGGGCUCUUCCCCCUAGGUGUCCUGAAGCUUUGUGUGAAGAAGCUGAGGAAACCCGACGGUUUUUGCUUUUAACAAAAAGUUUUUAUAAGUGUGCAUUUUUUGAAGUUUUUGCAGAUUUUGAAGUACUCUCUACCUCUUUGCGUCCUUUUUCUUGCCCCUGGAGUCUUUCCUUCUCAGCUAUAAACAUUUCUACUAUUGAAGCAGACCAGGGAUGAACGUUUUGUAACUGAAAGUGUAACUGUUAAAACCACGUUGAGACAGUAGUCAAGAUGGACAAAAAGUCCUUUGAAACGGUGUUGGAUGAAAUUAGAAAGGCUGUUCUGACAGAGUACAAAUUAAAAGCAAUUGAGUAUGUGCAUGGAUAUUUCUCUAGUGAACAGGUGGUUGAUUUACUGAGAUACUUCUCCUGGGCUGAGCCUCAGUUAAAGGCAAUGAAAGCAUUACAGCAUAAAAUGGUGGCUGUUCACCCAGCAGAAGUGGUCAAUAUACUCAAUUGUUUCACCUUCAGUAAAGACAAGCUAGUUGCUCUUGAACUGUUAGCUUCGUGA